UACUUCACUCGCCACCUAGCUUCCAGUUGUUCAGCUCAUUAAGAUUAUCUCCCAAAUUAAUUAUGAAGUCAAGGUAGUAGCUCAUUCGUAAUUGCCUCUUUUGUUUCUCCUACACUGAAUUUGAGUAUUAUUUGACUAUAUAUAAAAGACCAGCUCAAAUGGUAAACUUUGAAGCCACCAACUCUCUACUCCAAUUCCAAUCUACGCAUGGCACUGGCGGCGCUGAUCUCCUCUCUCCUCUUUCAUCUCCAGCUUGCCGACGUCGGCGUCGGCUUGCUCCUCCUCUUUCUCUCAAGCGCUGCCGUGCAGUGGGUGACCGCCAAGGGCCCCAUGAUUUGGCCAGUCCUCGGCAACUUGCCGUCUUUCGUAAUCCACAUCCACCGUGUUUAUGACUGGGCCACCGAAUCCGCCGCUCGUGCAGGCGGUACCUUCCCCUACCGUGGUGUCUGGUUCGGCCGUUUAUACGGUGUCGUCACCGCCGACCCGUCCAACGUUGAGUAUAUUCUCAAGACAAACUUUUCGAACUUUCCUAAAGGCCGCUACUACCGAGAGCGCUUCGUGGAUUUCCUAGGCGAUGGCAUUUUCAACGCCGAUGACGCCGCGUGGCGAGACCAGCGCAGAGCCGCGACCGCCGAGAUGCACUCCUCGCGCUACGUCGAAUACUCCGCCGAUACCAUUCGUGAACUUGUGCGCCAAAAGCUACUCCCACUCCUCCGCCGGCUCGCUGGAAGCUCCGCCAUCGUCGAUCUCCAAGACGUGUUUCUGCGGUUGACAUUUGAUAAUAUAUGCACCGCGGCGUUCGGGAUUGACCCUGGUUGCCUCGCGGCCGACCUCCCUGAAGUUCCGUUCGCGAGGGCGUUCGAAGAGGCCACGCAGUUUACCCUUUUUCGGUUCCUUGUGCCGCCGGUUGUUUGGAAGACAAUGAAGUUGUUGGACGUUGGAACAGAGAGGCGGCUCAGGUUUGCCAUCCGUGCGGUUCAUGAGUUUGCGGAGAAGACGGUGAGGGAUCGCAGGGCAGAUCUAAGCUUGAAUGAGCAGUCGGACCUGCUGUCAAGGCUAAUGAGUGGCGAGCGACGACUUUCCGACAAGUUUCUAAAGGACUUUAUUAUCAGCUUCAUACUGGCGGGGAGAGACACAAGCUCGGUAGCGCUUGCGUGGUUCUUUUGGUUACUUCAUAAGCACCCGCGCGUGGAGCGUCGAAUUCUCGCCGAGAUAUCAGAGAUAGUAAAGAAAAGAGAGGUCGAUUCAGCUGCUGAUGGCUAUGACGACGUGGUGUUUACUGUGGAUGAGGUGAAGAAGAUGGAAUAUCUACAGGCAGCGCUGACGGAGUCGCUGAGGCUGUACCCGUCGGUACCGUUGGACUUCAAGGAGGCCAUGGAGGACGACGUGCUGCCUGACGGGACGAGGGUAAGGAAAGGGGGAAGGAUUAUAUACUUGAUAUACUCCAUGGGGAGAAUGGAAGGGAUAUGGGGGAAGGAUUGUAUGGAGUUCAGGCCGGAGAGGUGGAUAAAGGAGGGAGUUUUUACGGGGGAGAAUCCGUUUAAGUACACGGUCUUCAACGCGGGGCCAAGGCUGUGCGUGGGGAAGAAGUUUGCGUACAUGCAGAUGAAGAUGGUAGCGGCGGCAAUGCUGUAUAGGUAUAAGGUUAAGGUAGAGGAAGGACAGAAGGUGGUGCCGAGGAUGACAACGACGCUUUACAUGAGGAAUGGGCUUAAAGUGACAGUGGAGGCAAGGAAGUAAUGACCCUGAGCUUGAGUAAGCUUGGAUCGGAUGUCUGGUAAUAGGAUGCCGUAUCAGCUUUAUUGAAUCCAAGGAGGAAUGCCGAGCUAGGUAAUGAAGGUAGCGAGUUAAAGACCGUGAGCCUAAAAUUGUAUAAUGUUAUACAAUUUUAAGAAUUCAAUAAUUAUAUAUAUGUAAUCAUGUUUUAUUUAUUUAUUUAUUUUAUUUU